GCUUCUCUCUUUUUCUCCAUAGCCAAAUCCAAAGCUCUACCCCCACCACACCCUGCUUCUCUCUUUUUCUCCAUAGCCAAAUCCAAAGCUCUACCCCCACCACACCCUGCUUCUCUCUUUUUCUCCAUAGCCAAAUCCAAAGCUCUACCCCCCACCACACCCUGCUUCUCUCUCUCCCUCUUUGUCUGUCUUUGUGCCACUGAGUUGCUCUCUCUGCUCAAUGUAGUCAGGUUGGGUGGUAAGAGGGGAAUGUAUAGCAGAGACGAUGGGUCUUACAGAGUGUGGGAGAUGAGAGUGUGAGGGUUUUUUAGGAACAAGAGUGCGGAGCACGAGUGUGUGUGUGUAUGUGUGGGUGUGUGUGUGUGUGUGAAUAUCCGUGGGGAUGAGCUUCUCCUGUGUCACAUUCCAGCUUCCAGGGCUCGAUCCCUGCCUGCUGAGAGACGGACCUGGAAAACUUUGGAAAAUCAUUCUUGGAAAACUGUGAUUGGAAGCUGGAAAGUCUUUUAAAACCAUUCCUAUAUCUCUUUGUGACUUCAUAUUGUUGCUGUAGGAGUGACUCCCCCUCUGCUGCUGUUGUUUUUGGGUCUCUGGGCUUUGGAUAGUGGUCUCACUGGAGCCGCGCUGAUGCUCUCCGGAUUACUACGGCAGAGGAGAGGAGGGGAGAGAACAUGGAACUUUAAACGUGUUUCGUUGGAAGGGAUUUAUAAUCUGGAUCAUGGAUAUUGACAGAGAAGACUGCUGUCCUGUUCUCGGCUGAGGGGACCAGUGCAUAUUUCAUAGAAGACAGAAGAGAGAACCCAGUACAGACUUUAUGGAAGGGGGUAGCCAGAAAUUGUUUCCAUAAAACCAUACAGAAUUAAAGACCACAGUCAGCAAAGUCUGACUUAUACACAGAAGAUAUGAGCCUUGGCCUCUCUCAUGCCAGAGAGAGACAGUUAGUGACAUCAUCAUGAAUGCUCCGCCCACAGGAAGCCCCAGCCAAAAUAUGGAGGUGAAGGUGGUCUCCCAGGAGAUGGCUUUGUUUAGCAACGCCCUGGCAGCCUACACCUUCAUAGCAGACCAGCCUGAGCGAGUAACUCUGGUGUUUGUUAGUGGUGUGUGUGUGGGUCUCCUCCUCACCCUCUGUGCCCUCGUGGUCCAGAUACACUGUCGCACUGACUGUCACUACAGUAACCGACGACGACAUCACCAUCAGCAUAGCAACAGGCAUCACCACCAUCACCAUGGGGACCAUCCCUGUCACCACCAUCCCCAACCUGGCAACCCUAACACAAGCAAUCCCGGCGUAACCACAGAGACGAGCAGAGACAGCGAAUCAGUGGAGUGGGACGACGGGACAUCUGACCUAUCGGCUCGACGACGGAGGCGAUUUGAGAGAACGCUGCUGCACACUAGCAUGUUCACAUCCAUAGAAGAGUUGGAGCGAGCUCAGAGGGUUGAGGAGAGAGAGAGGAUCAUACAAGAGAUCUGGAUGAACGGACAUCCCGACGUCAACACUGUCACACGCAGCCUCAACCGAUACUACUGACAGGGACAGAGAAAACAGGGGGGAAAAGAGAUGGAUAGACAGACAAACGGACAAAGAGGAAGGAUAAUAUACACUUUUAGACAGGGUCGCAUCGAGAGGCUCAUGAAGCACAGGUGUGGACAGGACUGUUAGCCAGGGUGAGUGGGUAAAUCAAAUCAAAUCACAUUUAUUUAUAUAGCCCUUCGUACAUCAGCUGAUAUCUCAAAGUGCUGUACAGAAACCCAGCCUAAAACCCCAAACAGCAAGCAAUGCAGGUGUAGAAGCACGGUGGCUAGGAAAAACUCCCUAGAAAGGCCAAAACCUAGGAAUAAACCUAGAGAGGAACCAGGCUAUGUGGGGUGGCCAGUCCUCUUCUGGCUGUGCCGGGUGGAGAUUAUAACAGAACAUGGCCAAGAUGUUAAAAUGUUCAUAAAUGACCAGCAUGGUCGAAUAAUAAUAAGGCAGAACAGUUGAAACUGGAGCAGCAGCACGGCCAGAUGGACUGGGGACAGCAAGGAGUCAUCAUGUCAGGUAGUCCUGGGGCAUGGUCCUAGGGCUCAGGUCAGUUGAAACUGGAGCAGCAGCACGGCCAGGUGGACUGGGGACAGCAAGGAGUCAUCAUGUCUAGUAGUCCUGGGGCAUGGUCCUAGGACUCAGGUCCUCCGAGAGAGAGAAAGAAAGAGAGAAGGAGAGAAUUAGAGAACGCACACUUAGAUUCACACAGGACACCGAAUAGGACAGGAGAAGUACUCCAGAUAUAACAAACUGACCCUAGCCCCCCGACACAUAAACUACUGCAGCAUAAAUACUGGAGGCUGAGACAGGAGGGGUCAGGAGACACUGUGGCCCCAUCCGAGGACACCUCCGGACAGGGCCAAACAGGAAGGAUAUAACCCCACCCACUUUGCCAAAGCACAGCCCCCACACAAUGACACUGGGCCACAGAACCAUGGGUGUGUCUGAGAACACCAGACUGAUGUCACGACAGGUUAUGAACCCGGGUCCCCCAUUUGAGAAACCAACGUCUUGACCAUUAGACCAAGAGGAAAGGACCAAGAGCAACCAUGAACCUGACUCCACUACACUUAACCCACAGCUUUUAGAUCUGUGAUGAGGAGAAUGCCUCCUGAUUGUGGCCCAGGAUGGUUCCUCCGGGGUCAGACUCCUUUCAAAUACUGAGGUGGAUGAUGUCACCACCUAGUGGACACCAUCCCCAUCACCUUUGACAAAGGCCCACAAUUCACCUCUGUGGAAAACUCUGAUUUCCUAGCCGAACGUACCGCACUACGUUGUACCUGACUGGCACGGUCAUACACAGCACGGUUCACUACCAGGACAAGGUCCACAGAGAAAACCUGUUAACUAAAACAUUUCAUGUUUGCCUUCACUCAAUCUUAAUGUGUAUUUAAUUGAUCCACUCUUGUCUUUUGUAAAUAAAUUCAUUUUUAUAAAAUAGAAAAACUUUGUUUGUUUGUCUCGGGGAUGCUUUUAAGGGUUGUUGUUUUGUAUUUUUAAGAUGGAGCAACAAUCAUUCCUCAGAGAGACUGUGACUAUACAACUAUAUGUGUUUGGUUGUCAGCAGAGGAGUAUUAAUUAGGGACCCUUAGUCACGACAGACAGAGGCAGUGCUCCAAUCCAGUCAGCUCCUGAGUAGUUCCCUUCAGUCCCCCUAUAGCCCUUCAGAAAGAUAGAUGGAGACGCCACCAUAUCGCAAUAAUACACAUGUGUUAGGUGCUUAUUUCACACGUGUGUUAGGUGCUUAUUUCACACGUGUGUUAAGUGCUUAUUUCACACACACGUGUUAGGUGCUUAUUUCACACACACGUGUUAGGUGCUUAUUUCACACACGUGUUAGGUGCUUAUUUCACACACGUGUGUUAGGUGCUUAUUUCACACGUGUGUUAGGUACUUAUUUCACACGUGUGUUAGGUGCUUAUUUCACACGUGUGUUAGGUGCUUAUUUCACACGUGUGUUAGGUGCUUAUUUCACACGUGUGUUAGGUGCUUAUUUCACACGUGUGUUAGGUGCUUAUUUCACACGUGUUUUAGGUGCUUAUUUCACACGUGUUAGGUGCUUAUUUCACACGUGUGUUAGGUGCUUAUUUCACACACGUGUGUUAGGUGCUUAUUUCACACACAUGUGUUUGUUUGAAUUGGAAAUGUAUUUUUUCCUUUUCAUAUCCCAACUCCACCUGAGACACCCACAGAGAGGGUCAGCCAUUGCUAACGCCAAUCUGGUCCCUUCAGCUUUGCUAAAACUGAAGCGGUAGCUAGACUCUCUACGAUACGUGUUGCUUUUGGAGUGACAUGUUGUGGUGCAACACUACCUGGUGAUGUUUUUAAUGGGGCAUCACAGGGUAAACUGUGCAACAUUACAUUGUCAUGUUUUUAAUGGGGUAUCACAAGGUAAACUGUGCAACACUACAUUGUGAUGUUUUUAAUGGGGCAUCACAGGGUAAACUGUGCAACAUUACAUUGUCAUGUUUUUAAUGGGGUAUCACAAGGUAAACUGUGCAGCACUACAUUGUGAUGUUUUUAAUGGGGCAUCACAGGGUAAACUGUGCAGCACUACAUUGUGAUGUUUUUAAUGGGGCAUCACAGGGUAAACUGUGCAACAUUACAUUGUCAUGUUUUUAAUGGGGUAUCACAAGGUAAACUGUGCAGCACUACAUUGUGAUGUUUUUAAUGGGGCAUCACAGGGUAAACUGUGCAGCACUACAUUGUGAUGUUUUUAACGGGGUAUCACAAGGUAAACUGUGCAGCACUACAUUGUGAUGUUUUUAAUGGGGCAUCACAGGGUAAACUGUGCAGCACUACAUUGUGAUGUUUUUAAUGGGGCAUCACAGGGUAAACUGUGCAACAUUACAUUGUCAUGUUUUUAAUGGGGUAUCACAAGGUAAACUGUGCAGCACUACAUUGUGAUGUUUUUAAUGGGGCAUCACAGGGUAAACUGUGCAGCACUACAUUGUGAUGUUUUUAAUGGGGCAUCACAGGGUAAACUGUGCAACAUUACGUUGUCAUGUUUUUAAUGGGGUAUCACAAGGUAAACUGUGCAGCACUACAUUGUGAUGUUUUUAAUGGGGCAUCACAGGGUAAACUGUGCAACAUUACAUUGUCAUGUUUUAAUGGGGUAUCACAAGGUAAACUGUGCAACAUUACAUUGUGAUGUUUUUAAUGGGGUAUCACAGGGUAAACUGUGCAGCACUACAUUGUGAUGUUUUUAAUGGGGCAUCACAGGGUAAACUGUGCAGCACUACAUUGUGAUGUUUUUAAUGGGGCAUCACAGGGUAAACUGUGCAACAUUACAUUGUCAUGUUUUUAAUGGGGUAUCACAGGGUAAACUGUGCAACAUUACAUUGUGAUGUUUUUAAUGGGGUAUCACAGGGUAAACUGUGCAACAUUACGUUGUGAUGUUUUUAAUGUAGUGCUGCGCAAGGUAAACUGUGCAGCACUACAUUGUGAUGUUUUUAAUGGGUGAUCACAAGGUAAACUGUUCAGCACAAUAGUAUUAUCUCUGCAUCAUUUCUGGGUGUCUCCCCUAGCUUGUCGCCGGUAUUGGAAAAACUGUGUGUAAAGUGAACACUUGUUUCUCUGUGAGAGAGGUUCUCUAUGUACAGUAUGUAUGCAUCCUUCCUCUCUUCCUUGAAGUAACCACAUAUCUGAGAUAGGUGCAUAGGUGAACACAGUAGGAUAGAGGAUAGGUGAACACAGUGGGAUAGAGGUUAAAGCAGUAGGAUAGGUGAACACAGUAGGAUAGAGGUUAAAGCAGUAGGAUAGAGGAUAGCGGAACACAGUAGGAUAGAGGAUAGGUGAACACAGUAGGAUAGAGGAUAGGUGAACACAGUAGGAUAGAGGAUAGGUGAACACAGUAGGAUAGAGGAUAGGUGAACACAGUAGGAUAGAGGAUAGGUGAACACAGUCGGAUACAAUAUAGGUGAACGCAGUAGGAGUGAGGAUAGGUGAACACAGUAGGAUAGAGGAUAGGUGAACACAGUAGGAUAGAGGAUAGGUGAACACAGUAGGAUAGAGGAUAGGUGAACGCAGUAGGAUAGAGGAUAGGUGAACACAGUCAGAUACAAUAUAGGUGAACGCAGUAGGAUAGAGGAUAGGUGAACACAGUAGGAUAGAGGAUAGGUGAACACAGUAGGAUAGAGGAUAGGUGAACACAGUAUGAUAGAGGAUAGCGGAACACAGUAGGAGAGAGGAUAGGUGAACACAGUAGGAUAGAGGAUAGGUGAACACAGUAGGAUAGAGGAUAGGUGAACACAGUAGGAUAGAGGAUAGGUGAACACAGUAGGAUAGAGGAUAUAGGUGAACGCAGUAGGAAAGAGGAUAGGUGAACGCAGUAGGAUAGAGGAUAGGUGAACACAGUAGGAUAGAGGAUAGGUGAACACAGUAGGACAGAGGAUAGGUGAACACAGUAGGAUAGAGGAUAGGUGAACACAGUAGGAGAGAGGAUAGGUGAACACAGUAGGAUAGAGGAUAGGUGAACACAGUAGGAUAGAGGAUAGGUGAACACAGUAGGAUAGAAGACAGGUGAACACAGUAGGAUAGAGGAUAGGUGAACACAGUAGGAGAGAGGAUAGGUGAACACAGUAGGAGAGAGGAUAGGUGAACACAGUAGGAUAGAGGAUAGGUGAACACAGUAGGAGAGAGGAUAGGUGAACACAGUAGGAUAGAGGAUAGGUGAACACAGUAGGAUAGAGGAUAGGUGAACACAGUAGGAGAGAGGAUAGGUGAAACACAGUAGGAGAGAGGAUAGGUGAACACAGUAGGAUAGAGGAUAGGUGAACACAGUAGGAUAGAGGAUAGGUGAACACAGUAGGAGAGAGGAUAGGUGAAAGUAGUAAGAUAGAGGCUUUGCCAUGUUGCUCUCACUUAUACAAUCAUCAUACAGAUCAGUGGUUUCCUCAAGGAAGGGAAAAAGAAAUACAAUUGAUGUGAAGGAUAGAAUUUAAUCACUCAAGCAGGGAGUGGAUGACUAAGACCAACACUCUGCACAUUAAUUGAAGAAUAAAACCAUCUAGAAGCAAAUUAUGUCCCUGCUCUGUUCUGUUCUGUUCUGCAAAGUUCUGGUCUGGUCUGUUCUAGUCUAGUCUGCCCUGUUCUGGUCUGUUCUGUCCUAUUCUGGUCUGUUCUAGUCUAGUCUGCCCUGUUCUGGUCUGAUCUGGCCUGUUCUGGUCUGUUCUGUCCUGUUCUGGUCUGUUCUGUUCUGUCCUGUCCUGUUCUGGUCUGUUCUAGUCUAGUCUGCCCUGUUCUGGUCUGUUCUGUCCUGUUCUGGUCUGUCAUGUUCUGUUCUGUUCAGGUCUGUUCUGUCAUGUUCUGUUCUGUUCAGGUCUGUUCUGUCAUGUUCUGUAUUGUUCUGGUAUUUCCUGUUCUGGUCAGGUUUGUCUUGUUUUGUUCUGGUCAGGUCUGUCCUGUU